UAAACAAAAAUGGAGAAAGUUGAUACCAAGAACAGGAUCCCACAUAUUCCUCGGGCUAAUGUGCCCCUGCCAACCCACACAAGAUGCACCCAUCCCAAAUCAUCAUCAUCCCCAUUCUUUUCACCUCCCAUACUACAAAUUAUUUCAGCAAUAUUCACUAAUUAACACUGAAUCUAAAUCCCCAAUUAAGGAAAAACAUUGAUUAGUUUAACAAAACUAAAAAAGAAGGCAGAAGGGAGCGAGGACGUGUUGGUUUUAAGGCCCUAUGGGCGAGUGGAAGGAAAAGGCCCAAGCCACCUCUCCCCUGUCCGUGUGCGCAAGAGAACGGUGGCCUUUAGAGAGGGAGAGAGGAGGCCAUCUUUGGAGUCGUUCGUUUCGAUCGCAUCUCUCUCUUCCCAUCACUUCGCUGUUUGCUUCGCUCACCUGGUGUUCCCUCUCUUCUUCUCAGUUCUCCCUCUUGGAGGAAUCCGCCUCUCUUCUUCUCCGCGAUGGCUGUUCAGGCCCAGUACCCAUCCAACGUUCUGCUUCAAAACCGAAGAGAGCAGGAGAGAGAGAUCGUGGAGUUUUCCCAAGCGCCAACUCGGUUCGUGGACCAAUCCGCCGUGUUCUUCUCCAAUGGAGGCUUUGUUUGGUGGCAGCCAGUGGGAAUCCACGGAAGCGGAUGAGGGAAGCGGCGCCCAAUCCAAUGGCAAACGCGGCGCAGGGGAACUCCACUGAUCUGCUCUCCCUACGACCGCCGUCUGCUGCGUCUCUCUCUCCCCCAACGGUGAUAAGCCUCGCCCAGCUCCAUGCCCGUCCUUCUCCCGUCGUCUCCACCGGCCUCCGUGUCGCCUUGGAAGACCAGCAACAGUACCAGAACCCCAACCAAUCCAAUCCCCUGUUUUCCUCUUCGCUCUUCUCCCCGGUUCUCUCCAACGACCUCACUCCCCAACUCAACCAAGACCAGCAAGAAUUCGACCGUUUCCUCCGCGCGCAGGGAGAGCAGCUCCGCCGGACGCUGGCGGAGAAGAGGCAUAGGCACUGCGCGUCUAUGCUGUGCGCGGCGGAGGCGGCGGCGGCUCGGACACUGAGGGAGAAGGAGGCUGAGGUGGACCGGGCGGUCAGGUGGAGGACCGAGCUCGAGGGGCGGCUCGCCCGCCUAAAGGAGGUGUCUUUGGCAUGGCAGGCCAAGACCAUGGCCGACCAGGAGGCCGCCGCCGUCCUCCAAGCCCAGCUCCAGCAGGCCCAGGCCGCCGCCGCCGCAGCGGCCGAGGAGAGGGAGACGGAGUGCCGCGACCCCCGGGCCCAGGACGCCGAGUCGGCCCACGUCGACCCCGACCGGGCACCUUCGGCGAUGUGCCGAUCGUGCCGGGAGGCGCCGGCGUCGGUGGUGGUUCUCCCCUGCCGCCACCUCUGCCUCUGCCCCGACUGCGGCGCCGCCCACUCCUGCCCUGUCUGCCAUUGCGCCACCACCGGAAGCCUCCACGUUUUCUUCUCCUAAAAAAGGCGCCCCUCCAGCCCCUUACCGCCACCUCCCAAAACCCAUCACCAGCCGUCCAAACUUGCAGCCAAAAAAUAAUAGAAGAUUAGGAAAUUUAGAACGGAAUAGACCUCAGUAGAGAAUAUUUGGUAUUUAUUUUGGUUGCAUAUUUUUACGUUUUUUUUUUUUUUUUUUCUCUGGUCGUGAGAUGGAAUCAACUCAUUAAGUGGGCAUGCGGGCCUCAAGUCGGGGGGAGAACGAGGCCGUGCCGUUCGGUCGGCAUCCUCACGUCUUUUCGACCGUCCGUCCGCUUACGUCGGUUACAGUCAUGUAACGCGUACCGCUCCCACCGUGCGGUCGGUCGUCGCGGGAGGAAGGUGUUUGUAUCGCGUCUAAAAAAUCUCUGAGGAUUUGAUGACUGCAUUAAAUUUAUCUCAAAUAAUGAUCUGUCCGUAACGCCAGGGGGGCAUAAAAAACAUUGAAGUUUAUAUAGACCCAGCCCAAAAUUUAAUUAAAAAUAAAUAAAAUUUAGUUUUGAAGUCCGGCCCAUAAUCAGCUAGUAAUUGAUGCAACUUACAUUA